CGUCAUCCUCGCUACUUAAUCCUCCCCAAAAUCCACUACAAAACCAAUAUUUUAACCUGCGCGUUUCAACCUCUACGUACACUCUGGUUGGCAUACCUACCUUCCAACAAACAAGUCACCAUGUCAGAAAUGAGAGCAGUCGUCGUCAAGGGCGGCAAAGGCCCCGCGGACGCCAUGUCUAUCCAGCAGAUUCCAAAGCCAACACCCUCAGCGGGACAGGCAUUGAUUAAAAUCAAGGCUUUUGGACUAAACCGCAUGGACCUAUUGCAGAGAGAGGGUCUGUACCCUCUUCCGCCGCAGGCGCCAGAAACCAUGGGUGUUGAGUUCUCCGGCACGGUGGAAUCGGUCAAUGCUAGCGCGGAAUGCGCCUUCAAGGUUGGGGAUGCUGUGUUCGGUCUUGCAUAUGGAGGAGCCUAUGCGGAGUACAUCGUCGUCGAUACAGGGAUGCUGGUCCAUAAACCAGCGGAACUUUCAUGGGAACAAGCUGCCUGUGUUCCAGAGACAUGGAUCACUGCAUCGCAAGCCCUCCACAUCAUCGGACAAUUUCAGCCCGGCCGCUCCGUACUUUGGCACGCCGGUGCCUCAUCUGUCUCUAUCUGUGGUAUUCAGCUCGCUAAAGCAGAGGGUGCCAAAGCUAUCUAUGCGACAGCUGGUUCCCAGGAGAAAUGUGAUUUCCUCGUCAACGAGCUUGGUGUGACAGCCGCCUUCAACUACAAGACCCAAGAUUGGGCGGCAGAGAUCAAGAAGGUGACGAACGGCGCGGGCGUUGAUUUGAUCGUUGACUUUGUCGGAGCAAACUACUUCCAGGGCAACAUAGACGUCGCAGCGCGCGAUGGCCGCAUUGUCCUUCUAGGUUUGAUGAGCGGGACAAAGUUGCCGAAUGGUGUGGACAUCGGUGGACUGCUAUUUAAGAGACUUCGCGUCGAGGGUAGUACGCUCCGCAGUCGGGAGCUGGAAUACCAGCGGAAGCUUAGGGAUUCCAUGGUGGAGCAUGUUAUUCCGAGGCUAAAGGAUGGGACCUUCAAGGUGUUUGUAGAGAAGGUGUUCCCAUUUACUGAGAUCGUCCAGGCUCAUAAGUUGCUGGAGAGUAAUCAGACAAGGGGCAAGCUGGCCUGUGUCAUAUAAGCUCCCAGGAUCUGUUCGAACCACCAAUUGAACUAGGUUUGCAUUGGCAAAUAAAUCAUUACGGUAAACAAUGUGCACGAAAG